UCUGUCUGUCUGUCUGACUGUUGUUUUGUGUGCGUGUGCAGAGUGAGUGCGAGAGGAGCAACGAGUGCUCAGGUCCUUUUAACAAAGAUCCUGGACACCGUUGUGUGUGUGAGAGAGUGCAUGUUGUGAUGUGACGCAUUUAGAUACUACCUACCAUAAUUUGCACUUAUGACAAAGAGGUAUUUAUUUUUAUUUAUCAGAGAGUAGCCAUUCUGUCGAGCCAAACCAGCACCUGGGCAGACGGCGUGGCUUUGUUGUUUUGUGCACAAAAGAAAAGAAAGAAACAACCCAGACUUGGUUUUCUGUUCCAUGUUAUUUAGUUAGCUAGUUUUAGUUUAUUACAGCCGAGUGAAGAUGUCCACUGACUGCCAGAAGACAACUGCCAAGGCGAUCCCGUCGAGCAGGAGAGUGACCAUCAGCGACGCGGAGCACAUGCCCCACGACUACUCCACGACUCCCGGAGGGACCCUGUUCAGCACCACUCCGGGCGGCACCAGGAUCAUCUACGACCGGAAGUUCCUGCUGGAGUGUCGCCGCUCUCCGGUGGCCAAGACUCCUCCGCGAGGUCUGCCCAACAUUCCAGGGGUGACCAGUCCUCCCUCCAAAGACACCAAUGUGAAGACCCAUAAUGGAGAACUACUGAACAACAACAGCAUCACCGCACCGGACAGCAACAACGCUGGCGAAGACGCACAGUUCGAAAUGGACAUCUAGGUGAAACCAGUGUUAAGAUGGUGUGAAGAGAGGCUCAGGAGCACCUUCAGUUUUCCCAUCAUCCAUUCCACGAAGACGGAGGUUCUCCUUCAGUGUCUCGUCAUUCUAAUGUCCGUCUUAGUCAUUCUCAUUUGGUUGUUUUGCCCAGAACAAAUAUGUAAUGAAGUUUUUUCUGUCUGCCUCAAGGCUUAAAUUUGAUUUCUGUGUGACAAAGUGUGCCUUCCUGUAGUGGCUAAAAUCAACACUGAGAAGUACUUAACACCGACAAUGCCUCGUCGCUCAGUAAUGAGAGAAAUUAAUGAAAAUGAAGAUCUAAUUUUCUGAAUAUAAAACCAUUCCAGAACGGUUUGUCACUUGAUGUGCUUUUUUCCCCCCACACACAUUUCCUGACUCCUCUCUUCAGACGUUGCCUUGAAAUGUUCAAGAUACUGUAUAUUUUGUCGGUCGUGCUCUUACGAUGGAGUUCUUCACAUGAAGUGUAAUACAAGGAAUGUAAAACUGAAUUUUUUGAUGACAUUUUGAAACAGAUUUUCUCACGGUUUGUAGGGUGACAAAACGCAUUAAAGCAAACACCAAUGAAACUAAA